CCGAAGCCCUUCGCUCAGUUUGUGCAGCCCGGGAACGCUGUGCACAAAAAUGACAGCUAGAGCCCUGUGGCUCCUCUGUCUGCUCGUCGGAUCGUCCCCCGAAGCCCCGGUGGUGGCCGAGAGAAAAGCCUCGCCGCCACCCAAGAGCAAGCCCGAGCCCAGCGGAGGCGCGAGCGCGGACGAGACCCCGGGGCCGCGGGCACAGCCGGUACCCGAGGCCCCGCGCCGCCCGCGCUCCGCCGAAGCCGCCCCCAGAGCUUGGCCCGAGCUCCGGCGCCGGAAACCCGCGCCCGCGGCCGAGAACCGCCCGGGCUUCCGGGAGUCCGCGCGCGCGCUCGCCGGGGCCCCGGGCCCGCGCCUCGCUCAGGCCGAGAACCGCGCGUCGCCGCGCCGCCGCGCGCCCCCGCCGGAGGAGACCCCGCGGCGCGCGCGCGCACGGCCCCUGCGCUUCCCGGCCGCGCGCACGCCGCCCCGCGCUGCCGCCGGCCCCGCCCACCCCAACCGGCCGCGCGCCGCCGCCGCCGCCGCCGCCGCGCCGCCCGCGGGACCCGCGUCUCCGCCGCCGCCGCCGCCGCCCGGGCACGCGGAGCCGUGCGCGCGCGCCUGCGGCUCGGACGCCGACGAGCACGAGGCGUACUGCGCCAGCGAGUUCGCGGUGAACGGGAUCGUGCAUGAUGUGGACGUGCUGGGCGCGGGGAUGCGGCUGGUGACUCUGCUCGUGGACCGGGACGGGCUGUACAAGAUGAACCGCCUGUACAUCACUCCGGACGGGUUCUUCUUCCGAAUCCACAUGCUGGCCCUGGACUCCUCCAGUUGCAAUAAGCCCUGUCCAGAAUUGAAACCUGGCAGCAGGUACAUCGUGAUGGGCCACAUCUACCACAAGAGGCGACAGCUACCUACAGCUCUGCUCCAGGUGCUGAGAGGACGCCUGCGUCCAGGAGACGGACUUCUCAGGAGCAGCAGUAGCUACGUGAAAAGGUUUAACCGGAAAAGGGAGCGGCAGGUGCAGGGUGCUGCUCAGACCCAGUGCGUGUGAGCUGACCAUCCCGGCAUCUGUGGAGCCUGAGAGACUUGGAAUUAGCAACAGGCAUAAAAGGUCUUACCUUCUUUGUGUAAUGGGGGUGUCUUUUCAAACUGGGCCCAGGGCUAUGUUACGAACCUGUCAACUUCAGCUCUAAAGGAGUCGCUUUACAAAAUUCGUAAAAGGUGUGCCCCUGAGUUCGCCGGUAAGGUAACCACAGCAGUUCACCCAGCUCAGACGCCUAACCUGUCCAGUUAACAGAUCACUACUUCAUGUUGUUUUUAAGUUAUUUUAAUUUAAUACAUUCUUCAGUAGAAAUAGUUCACAAAACAUUUCUUGAAUUUAAAUAUACAACUUUGAAUAGUUUAUAUCAUGUAUCAAGUCAAAUUUUAUACUUAAAACCAUCACGUUAAGUUCUGUACAGAAGACAUUUACAUAUGAAAUGUCAUUCAGAUCAAACAAUAGGAAAAGUAUUAAAAUUUUACAUUUAAAGAAAUCAAAGGGCUUAACUCAAGCAAAACAUCAUUCAAAGCAAAUGUUCCUAGUGUACCAAAAUGUAAGAUAUGGUAUAUUUUCAAGCCUCCCUGCUCCAAACAACAUUACAUUUUGUGCCAAACUGGCAGUUAUUCCAGCACUAAAUGUAUUCUAGCGUAUCUGAUGUCAUCUUUCUGUUCAGACCCAGACUUGUGUUUGUAAAGCAGUAAAUCUUGCUUUGAAAUCA